AUGGGUUUGGCAAAAGAAAUCAUGGGUAGCUCAUUAAUUGACCGUUCGUCGUCGUCGUUGUCGCCAUUUGCUCUGACGAGUUCGAAGUUGUCUUUGGUUAGGAGACCGGUUAUGGUUCCUCUGCAGCAGAAGAAUAGGGGUUUGAGAGUGGGUCCAGUUGUGGCGGCAAUCAGCGAGGAUUUGGUGAAGAAGAGCAGAAGCAGCAGCAGCAGCAGCAACAGCAGUUUUGCGGCGGAUAAGGACGAGAAGCGGGCGGCGAAAUUUACGGUGACAGCUAGGGUGACGGUGAGGAACAAGCAUAAGGAAGAUUUGAAGGAGACUUUCGUCAAACAGUUGGACGCCAUUACCGACAGGAUUGGCAGGAACAUUGUAUUGGAGCUUAUUAGCACUCAACUCGAUCCCAAAACAAAGGCGUUAAGGCGAAGCAAGACAGCUGUGUUGAAGGACUGGUCCAAGAAGUCAAAUAUUAAAGCUGAAAAAGUUCAAUACUCGGCUGAUUUCACUCUGGACUCAGAUUUUGGAUUGCCUGGAGCAAUCACAGUGAGCAAUAAACAUCAGAGGGAGUUCUUCUUGGAGAGUAUUACCCUUGAAGGAUUUGCUUCUGGCCCAGUUCAUUUCCCUUGCAAUUCAUGGGUUCAAUCCACCAAACACCACCCUGCCAAGAGGAUCUUCUUCUCUAAUGAGCCAUACCUACCAAGUGAAACACCACCUGGGCUUAGAGCUUUGAGGGAAAGAGAGCUGAAAGAUCUGAGAGGAGAUGGCAAAGGAGUCAGGAAGUUAUCUGAUAGGAUCUACGACUAUGACAUCUACAAUGAUCUGGGGAAUCCAGACAAGGGCAUUGACUAUGCUAGGCCAGUUCUUGGUGGGGAGAAGAUCCCAUACCCAAGACGGUGUCGUACUGGCCGUGAACCAACUUAUACUGAUUCUAAUGCUGAGAGCCGUGUGGAGAAGCCAUCCCCAAUGUAUGUGCCCAGAGAUGAACAAUUCGAGGAGUCAAAGAAGAAAACUUUCUCAUAUGGGAGGCUUAAAGCCGUUCUCCACACUCUGGUCCCAUCUCUCAAGGCCAGCAUUUCUGCUGAGAAUCGUGGUUUCAAUGCCUUUGCUGACAUUGACAUCCUCUACAAAGAAGGUAUCCUUCUCAAAGUUGGGAUUCAGGACGAAAUCUGGAGGCUGCUGCCUUUGCCUAAGGUGGUGACCAAGAUCCAAGAGACUAGUGAAGGACUUCUGAGAUAUGACACUCCCAAGAUUCUUUCCAAGGACAAGUUUGCCUGGCUGCGAGAUGACGAAUUUGCCCGCCAAGCCAUUGCUGGUGUUAAUCCAGUGAACAUUGAACUUCUCAAGGAAUUCCCACCUAAGAGUAACCUGGAUCCUCAAAUAUAUGGUCCAUUGGAAUCUGCUCUUAAGGAAGAACACAUCUUGGGGCAACUCCAUGGCAUGUCUGUUCAACAGGCUUUGGAGGAGAAGAAGCUAUUCAUAGUAGACUACCAUGAUGCCUAUCUUCCAUUUUUGAACCGGAUUAAUGCACUCGAUGGAAGGAACUCAUAUGCAACUCGUACGAUAUUCUUCUUGACCUCUCAGGGCACACUCAAACCCAUUGCAAUAGAGCUCAGUCUUCCACCAUCAGGGCCACCUUCGAGGUCAAAGCGGGUGGUCACGCCUCCAGUUGAUGCGACCAGCAACUGGAUUUGGCAGCUUGCCAAGUCUCAUGUUUGCUCCAAUGAUGCUGGUGUUCACCAGCUUGUUAAUCACUGGUUGCGCACACAUGCCUGCAUGGAGCCAUUCAUACUGGCAGCACAUAGGCAAUUGAGUGCAAUGCACCCAAUCUUCAAGCUUCUGGAUCCUCACAUGAGGUAUACGCUCGAGAUCAAUGCCCUUGCCCGACAGAGCUUGAUCAAUGCUGAUGGCGUUAUCGAAUCUUGCUUCACCCCUGGCCGCUAUUGUAUGGAUAUCAGUGCUGCUGCGUACAAGAACUUCUGGCGUUUCGACAAGGAAGGCCUCCCUGCUGAUCUAAUCAGAAGGGGAAUGGCAGUACCAGAUCCAACACAGCCACAUGGGUUAAAGCUUCUACUUGAGGACUACCCAUAUGCUCAGGACGGCCUACUGAUAUGGUUUGCCAUUGAGAACUGGGUCCGGACCUAUGUAAACCAUUACUACCCGAGCUCCACCAUGAUCAUCAACGACACCGAGCUGCAAUUGUGGUACUCAGAAUCAGUCAAUGUGGGCCAUGCUGACCUCUCCGAUGCAGAUUGGUGGCCUAAGUUGGAGACCGGUGAGGAUCUGGUCUCGAUCCUCACCACCAUCAUCUGGCUCUCGUCAGCACAGCACGCUGCGCUCAACUUUGGGCAGUACCCUUAUGGAGGAUACGUGCCCAAUAGGCCGCCCUUGAUGAGGAGGCACAUCCCCGAACAGGGCGACCCCGAGUUCGAGAAUUUCCAUGCCGACCCACAAAAGUACUUCCUCUCAGCACUGCCUAGUCUUCUGCAGGCGACGAAGUUCAUGGCCGUGGUGGACACACUGUCUACUCACUCACCAGACGAGGAGUACAUCGGAAAUAGGCAGCAGAUGUCGAUAUGGUCAGGAGACGCGGAGAUCGUGGAGGCAUUCUACGAGUUCUCGGCUGAGAUUCAACGGAUUGAGAAGGAAAUCGACAGGAGGAACAAUGAUCCUAGCUUGAGGAGCAGGUGCGGUGCUGGUGUGUUGCCAUAUGAGCUGCUGGCUCCUAGUUCUGAGCCUGGUGUGACGUGUAGAGGAGUGCCUAAUAGUGUGUCCAUAUGA